AUGUCUGAACGAGAUGCACGUCCCCACGAUGUGGAAGCACGGAAUCAUCACGCCAAUCUACAAAAGUGCAGUCGUGCUGAACCAGCAAAUUAUCGCCCGAUAACACUACUUCCUGUGAUCUCCAAGGUUAUGGAGUCCAUUGUAGCUGAGGCUUUGAUGGGGUACCUGGAGAACAACAAAAUUCUCGUUCCGGAGCAGCAUGGAUUUCGCCAAAAUCGCUCCUGUACCACUAAUCUGUUGAUUGCUCGUGCAAGCUGGACGGAAUCUGUGGACGCUGGUGUAGGAGUCGACGCGGCCUACUUGGAUUUCUCAAAGCAUUCGACCGUAUAG